UAGGUGUUAAUGUGUUACGCAUUGUUUGUUUGUAAAACGCGCAUAAAUAUACGGUUACUCAUUUACCGCGGACACCACGCUGUUUGAAGACUUAUCAAUGUACGUUGGAAACGUUCAGGUGGAGACCUCAAACUUUUAUUCGUGCUUAAUGUUUCAACCGGCGCUUUAAAAUGAAGGUAAUAUAUGCUGGCUUCGCAAAAACUGGGACUAAAACCAUGGGAGCCGUUUUCCGUGAGUUUGGGUACAAGACGUACGACUGGAUUGAAAAUUCUUGGUAUCUUAGCGACGAUUGGACGAAAAUACUGGAAGAAGGAGGAACGGUGGAAGAUUUUAGAAGAAUGUACAAAGGUGUGGACGCUGUAGUUGAUGGACCUUGCUUUAUGUUUUGGGAAGAAAUAUUAGAAGCUUUCCCGGAUGCGAAGAUAAUCUUUUCAAGCCGAGACGAAGGCGAUUGGGUACGAAGUUUAACGAAAACUUUAGAUGCUCUUCCAUCCGAGCCUAAGUAUGUGUUAAUGCAAUCUCUAUCUUAUUCUGGAUGGAAGCAUUUCGAAUUUACCUCAGCUUGUGUGCAAAUGGAACUUGGUUCAAAACAGAAGUGGCCCUGGUCAAACUGUCAGCACAACGAAACGGUUUGGAGACGAAUGUACAGAAAUCACAACGCUUGCGUUUUACAAAAUGCACCAAAGAAACAAUUGUUGGUUUAUGAUUUUAAAGACGGUUGGGGACCUAUCUGUGAAUUCCUGGGAGAAAAAGUUCCAGACAAGCCCUUCCCGCACGCCAAUAUAGGAGCUUCUAUUCUUAAAGAUUACAUUGAAAACCAUCCAAUUAUGAAGCGAAUGAUGCGAGAAGCGAUGUUUACUCUCGGGGUUCUUACUCUCAUUGGGGCGUAUGGUGGGUACAAGGUUUACCAAAACCCAGCAAGUAUAAGAGGUUGGAUCAACGCAGCAAUGACAAGGUUCAAGUUCUGGUGACUAUGACUUAUUACGUGGGUUGUUAUAUAUCAGUGGUACUUAAACUUUUAUGUAAGCCUUACCUAAUUAACAUAAAUGCUAAUUAGAUUUACCCCCAAUUUGUAAUAUGACCCUCAUUUAUUAAAAAGCGAAAACAACUAAUUACAUCAGUUAAACUUAAUGCGACAGAUGCGCUUGCUUUUUGGCAACGAGUUGUUCAAACCUAGAAUAGUAAGCCACAAUAACUACAAAUGGCACAAUUUUUCUGUCCCGUUUACAGACGUGGAUUUUGAUUGCUAGCUCAUUUACCCCCUAAAUACGAGGAAUUUACACCAG